GUGGUAUGGAGCUCUUCAGCACUGAGUGGACGAAGGGGAACAUGUCUCUAAAGCUGAACAAUGUCCAGCUCCCAGACAGAGGGAAAUAUGUCUGCAGUGUGGCAGCUGGGGACUGGUACGACAAGGUGGCCAUUGAGCUGGAGGUGACAGCAACAGGAAACAGACAGAGGAGAGGAGAAUUCAGAAGAGGUGGCCAAGGUCACAGGAAAGCCCCCGCUAAGAGAACAAAGAAGAGUAAAAUGAAGGAGAGGAAAGAAUAACAGAGGAGCAGAAUGGCCAGAAACUUCUGGGGGAUAUUGACACUAAGGGGGACAAUGACACUGUGUAACGAAUGUCAC